UGACCUUGCCCGAGGAGAUGGAAAUGGCGGCCGUUGUCAGGCUGAGUCUGGUCUGUGGACGCGGCUUUAAGCCAACGAUCUUCAGUAAAUCAUUAGUGGUUGGACCACUGAUUGCUUCCAGAAAGAUCCAUCAGCCUCCAGUGCUUCUGACGUCACAGAUUCACACGUCUCCUAGCCAUUUGAAUGGUUCGAAAGCUGCCUCGCUACAUUGGACGAGUGAACGGAUACUAAGUGUCACCUUAUUGGGCCUUUUUCCUGCUGCGUAUUUCUACCCAGGAACUGUCAUGGAUUACUCAUUGGCUGCAGCUGUUACUCUCCAUAGUCAUUGGGGUCUUGGACAAAUACUCAUAGAUUACGUACACGGAGAUACCAAGGUGAAGGUGGCCCAGGCAGGCCUCCAUAUCCUGUCAGCAAUCACUUUUGCUGGCUUGUGCUACUUCAAUUACCACGAUGUGGGAAUCUGCAAGGCUAUUGCAAUGCUCUGGAGCCUCUAACACAUUAACUGAUUGUGGUAGCGUCCUUUCAGCUGAACCGUUUCUGGGCUCACUUUGAUUUUGAAGCAUAUAUAUAUUUAAUUUUCUUGACAAAUCACUAUUUCUUUCAAAAAGAGCUGACAGAAUGGAAAUGUUUUCCGAAUGUAUCUUUGAAAUCCUUGUUUACACUGAUCGUAGAUGUUGCCUUAUGUCAACCAGUCAUACCACCAGCCUUGUAAAUAAACUGCACUUCUGUGCUUUUCCACAACCUCCAUACCAUUCCCCAUGUGUGCAAGUUCCCAUUGUAUAUAACUGCAAUAAUUUUCAAAAUCCUGUCCAAAGGGGCUCAUUUUGCAAAAGUGUUUUGCAAAAAUUGAUUUAAUUCAGCUAUACAGAUAUCAUCAUUUUAUUGACCCCAAAUUGUUUUAUCACGCAUUUACAACAUAGCAGCAAUUCGGUCCAUUUGGUCAAGGUUUGUUUAUGCUGUGCACAUGCCUCCUUCCAACCAUUUCAUCUUAUUCUUGUGGUUAUACAGUUUCCCAUUAAAUGCAUCCUUGCUAAUUGCCACAAUCACUCCACAUGAAAGUGAGUUCCAUAUUUUAACUUUCAUAGUAAAGAAGUUUCACAAUUAUUCAGUUUUCACAAUUUAUUUUCAUUUUGUCUAAUGGUGAAAUUUCCCUUUUUGUUCCCUUACCACUUUGUCUUGUGAAGUCUGCUCGUUACCGGAGGAUAAAACCCACAAGUGUCUUUUUUAUUGUUUAGCAACAGUUAAUUACAUCAGAAUCAGAAUGCUUUGUAAAGCGUGUUGCUGUUUCACGUGAUGAAACUUAUUGAUUUUCAUCACUGGGUUGUUUUUGACACAAUGAGGAUGUAUGAGUCAGCAAUUCUUGUUUCAUCAUUGGAUCCUGACUGGAUGUGUGCAAACCGAAAUGGUACUCUUCCCACCUUGUGAGAUGGCUUUGGCAAGGCCCACAUUUCUCAAUUUGUUGCAAUUCAGUGCUGAUUAAAACAAUUAUUCCAA